GGGUUAGGGUUGGGAACCACAAAUAGAAAGGGAUUCUGAAGAGAAAAAACCCACUUCAGACAACUCUACAUCAACAGAUUUGCAUAUCACAAAAUAAAUGUGGAGCUCAGAAAAUGAGAAUUCACAAAGCAGAUCCAGGAAGGAGUGAUGAUUCCUCAGCUUGAGUCCCCUGCAGGAAGCUAAUGGACGGGGUAGAAAGCACUGAGAAUUUAAGUCACUUCCCAGCCAGGAGCAGAGGAAGCCUCUGCUGCUCAGAGCAUCUGUCUGUUUGGUUUUUUCUUAUGCAAUUGUGGAUUUCCAACUUGAAGGACAUCCUUCUACUGUGUUGUGGAGUUGGGUUUUCUAUAAGAAAUGAAGUUCAUGGGACUACCUGUGAAGAAAGUUUACCAAACAGAACCAGGUACUCAUUUGUUGAUUACUUCUAUGGAAGCCCAGAGUUGUGAGCCAUCCCUGCCCACACCCUGGAAAUAGAACGCUCUAGAGGGUCUUUCUGUUAAUGAUUGGAGAUUCUGGGUGCACAGGAUAAGCAACAAACCUUGCCACACCAACUUUUCAGGAUCAUCUUAUACAAAUAUCAGGAUUGAUGAUGUGCACCCCAUUCAUUUAGGGGGUAAGGAAUUUGAACAGGCACAUCACGAAAAAGAGAGCAUCCAACUGGCUUAACAAAUAUAUAAAAGGAUGCUUAACAACAUCAGUCAUCAGUAAAUUGGAAACUAAAACUCCCUUGAGUCAUCACAACAUCUCCAUGACUAAAAUUAAACAAAACAAAACAACUUAGCAAUGACAGCAGUCAGCAAGAUGUGGAGCAACAGAACCCUUGAACGGUUCUGAUAGCUGAUCACUUUGGAAAACUGGAGGUCUGCACUACCAGGGAACACUCGUGUGUCUUAGCAACGGAUUCCACUCCUGGAUUCCAUUGAGUGGUCCGUCAGGCCCAGCAUAGGGGCCUGCGUAUGUGCACCACAAGACAGGUGCAGGAAUGGCAUUCCAAAUCCUUAUCACAGUAGAUGAGUAAUCAACUGGGCUAUGUCAACAUUAUGUCACUGAAUCUUUAAAAUGCCUCUGUGAGUUAGGCAUUCUUUUCUCCCAGAUGACCAACAAGAUCAGGCAAGUUAAGAAAUCUAUUCAAAAUUUUGUGAUUUUGGCUGAGGUAGGAUUCAGUUCUUUUAACAGGUUUUGUUUCAAAAAGCUUGUGUUUUAUCCUCUGUAUUAUAACUAUAAUUGAUCUGAUUUUCAUUUCUUCGUACAUAUUUAAUCUAGCAAAAUGCCUUUCUCAAUUGAGCCAGACCAUGGUGUAAAAGUUUCAAAUAGCUUUUGCCCCGAUUUCAAAGUCUUGGAUCACAUCCAUGGUUGCAUAAUUGGCAAUCGUUAAACACGUGCUUCUUGUUUUGCAGAAUUUGCUUUCGGUUUCUCUGUUCAGGAAAAUGAGCUGUUUCUAUUUCCAUUCAGAUAAACAAUAGCUAACCCUAACGGAGCACGUCCAGUUCUCAGGGGUCUUCCAACAGAGGAGCAUUAAGUAGCAUCUACACCUUGACAGAGGCGUGUCGGCGUGUGUGCAGUGUGUGUGAUUGUGUGGUCGAGCAGGUGACAGUGUUACACAGCUGGGUCCUGAAGCCCAGCCACUGGCCUGUUCCAACUUUGCUCAGCUCAGGAACACUUGAAGACACAUGAUCAACACCACCCUGAUCAUAAAAAGAAGGGUGAUCACAAUUCUUCCUGAGAAAAGUAUAAAAACAAAGAAAUUACAAGCCACAGUGAUUCUCCCCAAUUAGGAAGCAGGUUAGAAAAAUAUCCUAUUUUCCUAGCUGGGAAUGUCUAUUAGAAAUAGCUUAAAAGUCCAGGAACACAUGUCUACAUGUUAACCCUGUCACAACAAGUAGGUUGGGUGACUGAAGUCCCUGCAGAGCCAUCCUCCCUGAUCAAGUGGUCUUCCCACUAUGUGCUUUCAACAGUAAUGACAUGGCCACGAGCCAGGUCCUCGUGUUGUGCACUGGACCUCUUGAACUCCCUCCUCCUCUCUAAGGAGCGUCUUGCGUCCUCUGACCCUCAUCUUCUCUUUGCCUCUACUCCUCUAUCCCUGGGAACCACUCUUCUACUUUCUGCUUCUGGGACUGUAAAUACCUUCAUUCCACACAUCAGAGAGCUCAUGCACCAUGUGUCUUUCUUUGCUGGCUUAUUUCACUUAACGUCAUGUCCUCCAGGUUCAUCCAUGCAGUUAGACUUGACAGGUUUUUCUUCUCUUUGAAGGCAGAGUCGUAGGAUUCCAUGGUGUGGGGGUACUCUGUGUCCCCACCCAUUCAUCUGCAGAUGGACCCUUCAUUUGCCUCCAGGUCUUGGCUGUCAUGGACAAUGCCACAGUGAGCAUGGAUGUGAGGAUGUCUCUUCCAUGCCCUGAUUUCCGCUCCUUUGGAGAAAUGCCCAGCAGGGGGUCUCAAGGUAGUUCUCUUUGACUAUCAUAACAAACUUUCCCUGAGCACCUACCUCCGAAGGCUCUCAUCAUCACACAGUUAUACUGUCUCAGCAUCUGAAAAUCCAAAUCCAGAAUGCACUUAACUGGAAACCCAGCACUGACAAGACACCACAAGUGGAGAGUUUGCCUCCUGAGGAUGUAUUUCUAGCACAAAGCUAUUCACAUGUUGUGUAAGCCCACCUCUGGGGAUGUGUGCAAGGCGCAUAGAAACAUGGAUGAAUUUCAUAAUGAGACUUGGGUCCCAUCCUCAAAAUAUCUCACUAGGUAUAUGCAGAUACUUCCCAACUCAAACCAGUCCCCAAUUUGGAGCACUUCCAGUCCCCUUCCUUCAGGUUAAGGCUGCUCUGCCUGAGUGGGUGCAGCCCACCUACAGAGGUAGCUGUGUGUCUUGGGGGCACAGAGACACCACUGAUGGGCACCGGUCUCUGAAGCACCUGCUCAGGUGCUAGCACAGGGUGAGGUAGGAAGGCAGCUGCUGACUGGAGCCUGGGUCUUGGCCCGGUUCCAACUUUCCUUUUCAUGAAGAAGAAAAUCGAAACUAACUCAGCUGGGAGUUAGUCAGAGGGGGCGUGUCCCUCUGCUGUGACAGGAUGCUCAGAGGCGGGCCCUUUCCACCUUCAUAUAACUGAGCCGUGGCCUCCCACACUCCGUGGCCACCAUGAGGAUGCUGCUGCCCUCCGCUCUGGCUGCGCGCCUGCUGGGCGCCUUCAGGCAGCCCCUGCUGCACUCGCUCUGGAGGGGCCUGGCCCCACUGCUGUACUGGCUGAGGGCAGCCUUCUGGUGGCCAGGUACAGGGAAGGGACAGCAGCCGGUGGGAGAGAGAGCUGAGGGGAGCCAGGAGGAGGAGGCGGACGGCGACCUGCCCAUCACCCCCACGAGCGUCAACUACCACUUCACGCGGCAGUGCAACUACAGGUGCGGCUUCUGCUUCCACACGGCCAAGACGUCCUUCGUGCUGCCCCUGGAGGAGGCCAAGAGGGGGCUGCUCCUGCUCAAGGAAGCUGGGAUGGAGAAGAUAAACUUCUCUGGCGGAGAGCCCUUUCUUCAGGACCGGGGCGAGUACCUGGGCCAGCUGGUGAAAUUCUGCAAGCGGGAGCUCCUCCUGCCCAGCGUGAGCAUCGUGAGCAACGGCAGCCUGAUCCGGGAGAAGUGGUUCAGGGACUACGGUGACUACUUGGACAUUCUCGCCAUUUCCUGUGACAGCUUUGAUGAGGAAGUCAACGUCCUUAUUGGCCGUGGCCAAGGAAAGAAGAACCAUGUGGAAAAUCUUCAAAAGCUGAGGAAGUGGUGCAACGAUUACAGAGUGGCUUUCAAGAUCAACUCUGUCAUCAACCGGUUCAACGUGGACGAGGACAUGAACGAGCAGAUUAAAGCCCUGAACCCUGUUCGCUGGAAGGUGUUCCAGUGCCUCCUGAUUGAGGGCGAGAACUGUGGAGACGAUGCCCUGAGAGAAGCACAAAGAUUCGUCAUCAGCGACCAAGAGUUUGAAGAAUUCUUAGAGCGUCACAAAGGAGUGUCCUGCUUGGUGCCCGAGUCCAACCAGAAGAUGAAAGACUCCUACCUCAUCCUGGAUGAAUAUAUGCGCUUUCUGAACUGCAGAAGUGGCCGGAAGGAUCCUUCCAUGUCUAUCCUGGACGUUGGAGUGGAAGAAGCUAUAAAAUUCAGUGGGUUUGAUGAACGUAUGUUUCUGAAGCGAGGAGGAAAGUAUGUCUGGAGCAAGGCCGACCUGAAACUGGACUGGUGAUGCUGUCAGCAGAGCAAGGGCCAACCCGUGUGGCUGCCGUGGUCUGCAGGACCUGCACACUGGUCUUUCUCAGUGGCCAGAAACCUGCGCAUCACGUCGAAUUGCCGGUGGGCACUGAACAUAGAAAUCACCUGCGUAACUGAAGUCCACACUUCAGUUAGUUGGCUUAGUGCUGUAUUGUUAUUUAAAAGGUUCUCAGCCGACUGUGAACAAGAGCACAAUCAUCUAGUUCAAAGAUGCCUUUGUGAGAAAUAAGCUACAAGGAUACCUGGGCGGGGGAGGGGGGAGCAAUCCAUAAUUCCAAUGGGUUUGGUAUUUUCAGCAAAAUUUCCUGUGACUGCUGUGUUUUUAUUUCAAAGCUAUUUUUUCCAGUCUCGUUUUUGUCUUUCUUUUAUUUGAUCAUCAGUUAUUUCCUGCUAAACAUGGAUUGAAAUGUCACUUUUCACCUUAGAAAUAUUAUCAAAUACUGCCUCCAGUUACUUCUGCUUAUUGUAAAGCUCCUUCAUUUUCUGUCUUUAUAUCACUGAAAUCUUGGGAAUUUUAUUUAGAAUUAUAGAAACGGUCCACAGACAUUUUAAUGAACAAUGAAGGAAACUCAUCUAUCUCCAAGGAGCACCUGCUUCUUGAGCAAGGGGACCCCUGGUGCCCGUGCUGUCUGUGCUACACAGAUUCUUCUUCAAAGACCCUUGGCACAACCAGCAGACUCCACGUUCCCUGAUAUGGAGCAAGAGUGGGACUUCAAUUGCUGUGACCACCUACUUUUCAGGGCAUGGGAGUGUCAAGUGAAAACGUGACUUUUCAUUUGACCAGAUGUUUGUCUUCAAAGCUCUGAAAAUUGACAGUGUGGGCAAUUCCAUAAAACCCGCCAAGUGCACCUGCAGUUUAUGCAAGUGAAGCCACAGCACCUUAUACCAUUUCUCCGUUAACGUUGAGUCAGUGGAAACAAGAUACAGUCUAGGCCAGUAGGAGAGAAAACUCUUCCUUUCUUUUCUAGCUCUAAGAGGGAAGCAUGGGAAAUAAUGACACUUGAUCAACAUUUUCUCCUUGUAUAAAUACAUCAUGUGGUUUCAUUGUGUAACUUAGAUAGUAUCUCAUUACCUGGAAUAGAAUAAUUUCCUAUCAUUGUUUCAAGGAAGCAAAAUCAUAGAAAAAUUUUUUUUGCCAAUUUAAUUAGACUGCAAUUCCAGAAGGCCUCACUAGGGGGCACUUUAGUGUCUCAUUUCAUUAGGAACCUGUAGAAAUUCCCUGUUCAUAAUCAAAUUUCAGGACUUGGUAAUUUUUUUUCUUUUUUGUUUUAUGACUUUCCCUUUUUUAUUGUAUGUUUUUGUUUUUGCAGCACUGGGGCUGGAACUCAGGGCCUUUUACAGGGCUUGGUGAUUUUGAAAAGUUUGGUUUUGUGAUUUUUUUUUCCUUAAAAAAUAUAUUCCUAUUUUAGUUUUUAAGUCAUAUAAUUCAACUGAAAUAUGUGUGUCCCAUCCAAAAUUAGAUAAUUGUUUGUAUUUUCUACUUUUUGUCCUUUUUCAAGAGGAAAAAAAUGAACCAGGAAACAUUUUCCCCAGGGGUUUUGAUGGCACCUAAGCAGGCCUUGCCAGAUGUAAUCAGCUGGAACAUGAAAUGGAUUUGUCGUUUGCAUGAGUGUGCUUUGGCCCUGUGUGAGAAAGCCCUGAGAUGCUCUGAUGUGCUGCCAGGGCUCAGCCAGCUGAUCUGAAGGCAGGUCCCACUGAAGCCCAAACCUUCUGAAGUGGAUUAGAUUUAUUUCUAGUUGAGGGAAACUGCUUGUCUUUCCUCUAAGGACAAUAUGAUGCAAAACAAGAGGUGCAUUUGAGAUAUAAGCUAUUUUAAGUAUAUUUUCCAGCUGUUUGAGCUGCUAUUAACCCUCUCAUUUACCGUCAGGAUUUGUAAAGCAUUGAUGUUUAAAAUAUUUAAAUGUCCCUUUUUCUUAAAAGGAAGAAAUGGGAAUUUUAAACACUGCAAUAACAUUUAAGCUCACAUAGUGUUUUACAUAGUGUUUUGCUUUUUUUUCCGUUUUAAAUAUGAGUGUUAGUUUUGUGGAAAAUGUUGCUUUUUAUUGAGACAAUGAAGAAGCAUAGUUUAGUUAUAUAUCUUACUUCAAGUGUAAGUACAAAUGUUUUGUGGUGCUUUCAAUUAUUGCUUAAGUUCAGUGUCCGCUUGGCACUAACCAUCUCUAUCAUUAGAUGAUAUAUCAUAGGGCAGUUUCCUUUUUCCCCCCCCAAAUUGAAGGUGAUUGAGCUCAUUUCACUGAAUUAUCUGAAAAAUAGGCCCUAUUUUAUCUCUCAGAUUUUGGAGUCCAAUUGCUGCAUAGACUGAAAACCAAAUAAGCAAACACUGUAGCAAUAAGUUCCCUUUAAGCAAUAAUGUAUUAUGUGUGUUUUGCUCUUGUUGAAAGUAUUCUAUUAAGUAAGUUGUGUUUGGACAGAGACUGUUUUGUAACAUGUAGCAAUAUAUUAAAAUAGUUUUGUCUCA